AUGACGCUUUCCGACACGCUGGCAGCCGCGGCCACUGCUUCGCUCGCCACCCUCGGGCUACUCUCCUCGUACACAUGGCUGAACGAUAGGAAAAUUGUACCACGCCCACCACCUAUCAAUCAGUUGGGCCUACAACCAAUCACGAAGGAGGGGGUAGAGGACGCUCUUAGAAGGAUGGAUGAACGAGAAGAGGAAAUGAGGCGACAGAUGCCUCCGAAGACUGGCAGGAGGUACAUCGUCGUCGGAGGGGGCGGAUCCCUUGGAGGUUGGAUUGUCGUGCACCUCUUACAGCGAGGCGAAGACCCAAAAAGUAUACGGGUUAUCGACCUUGCACCCACACCGAUGAACGACACCAUUAGCGAGGCUAUCAAGAACGAUGGACUCGACUACAUCUCAACGAGUAUCACCGACCCCGAAGCCACCCGAGAAGCAUUCUGCGCUCCUUGGAAAGACGGUAAACCUGGAGGUGCGACAGGCAUCACAGUCUUCCAUACAGCCGCAGCAAUCAGGUUUUUUGAACAACAUCCGGUGUUCUUGCGCCGCUCAUCUAUCGUCAACGUGGAUGGGACACGAAAUGUCCUCGAGGCUUCGAAGAUCGCUGGUGUCGAUGUUCUUGUUUACACAAGUUCGGCUGGCGUCAGCUACAAGAACUUCUCCUCACUCCGUUGGCCUUGGGAAGGCCCUCCAAGAGAGCUCUACCAACACAUCAACGAGGACACAGUUGGUCCCAGAAACCCCGCCGAGCACACCUCGAACUACAGCAUCACAAAAACCGCGGCGGAGAGAAUGGUACGAGGCUGGGAUCGAACACCGGUCACGGAUGGUUCUAGCGGUACCAAACUGCUGAGAACGGGUUGCAUCCGGGCUGGCAACGCCGUCUUUGGACCCAGAGGCGGAACCUUCGUUGAAGGCUAUCUGGAUAGGGAAUCGACGCCGACCUGGACUUCAAACGUCGUCUCGUCGUUCCUCUACGUGGAGAAUGGAGCACUCGCUCACCUUCUAUACGAGCGUCGUUUGCUGGACUUGAAGGAGCCAACACCCGCUGGAAGAGCACGCACCCUACCAGAUAUAGGUGGAAAAUCGUUCUGCAUCACCGAUCCGGGACCGCCUGCAUGCUACAGCGACCUGUACAUCACCUUCAAUACCCUGACCAAAGGAAGAGUGAAGUUCGGUCAUACAUCUCCAACGCUGAUGCUUCUCCUUGCCCACCUCAUUCGUUUCUAUGUCCUUUUCCAAUACUUCGUAACCGCCUUUAUUCCCUUCCUCAAAGGUGUCCUUCGACCCCUACAAGGAGAUAUCGCUUUCCUGCAACCUUCAGCAUUCACUGCGAGCCUCGGCCACAUCAUUAUCGAUGAUUCACGAGCAAGAAAAUCCCCAGAGGAAGGAGGGCUGGGAUAUGAAGGCGUCUGGACGACUUGGCAAGGAUUCGUGAAGACGUGGAAGGACCACGAGGACCGAAAACAACUGAAGACCGGUGGGAAGAAAGCUUCGCAGGCAAGCGGUUGGCUUGGGUCGGGCGCUUCCUGGGAGAAGUGA